AUGUCUACUAUUAAUAUGGAAUCUGAAGCACAAUAUGAACAACAGUCUGUUUCACAUAAAAAAUCGCGUCGUGGUCGUAAACGUAUCCAAGAUCCGUCGCUUGUUAUACAAAUGAAACGAAAUCGUCGAUGUCGUGCAAAUGAUCGUGAACGUAUUCGUAUGAGAAGUUUAAAUGGAGCACUUGAACAUUUAAGAGAAAUAUUACCCAUAGAUGAUACAGAUGAUAAAUUAACAAAAAUAGAAACAUUAAAGAUGGCUAGUGAUUAUAUAUGUUUAUUGACAAAUAUUUUGUAUAAUACAAACAUCAGUCCAAAUUCUUCUCGAUUACAACUAUCAUCACCUCUUUCAUCCACGUCAUCUUCAUCGAAUACACCUUGUCCUUAUUUAUCAAUACCUUUCUCAACAUCUUACAAUUACUAUCCGUCUGAACAAACAUUUUUCAAAUCAGAACCGGUUGAUUUUACAUCGUCAUCCUAUUUUCAACAGACAAAUAACUAUCAUCAACAAUAUUGGCCACAACUAUUUCAAAAUUCAACUCAAACAAACUUGUAA